AUGAAGUUUUUUGGUUCCAAGGUUCUGCCAGUUUUUCUUUUUGGGUUGGUCCUAACAGGUUUUGUGGAUAAAGGCGAGGGCAAUGCUUGUAGCAGCACAUUCUUCUCAGCACUCGUGCAGUUAAUACCCUGCAGAGCAGCAGUUGCUCCCUUUAGCCCCAUUCCACCAAGUGAGACCUGCUGCAAUGCCAUCAAAGCUCUGGGGCAACCCUGUCUGUGCGUUAUUGUAAAUGGCCCUCCUAUAUCUGGUGUCGAUCGGAACAUGGCCCUGCAGCUGCCUGAGAAAUGCACUGCAAACUUUGAACCAUGUAUUCUCUCUCUUCCCCUGUGA